AUGGGUAUUGUUAAUUCAAAAGACAAAAACCAAUUGACAAUAGAUCAUGGUUCACUUGUGUCCCAUAAUGCACAUUGUGACAUAUGGGAUGUCAAGUCAGUCAAAAAACUAAUCCUUCAAGGUCGACUUGCUCCAUUCUACAAAGGUAAUCUAAUGCCAUGCAAUUCCAUUCUUAACAACGCAGGUCUUAGUGAAUUGCCUUCCUUACCGGCCAGCUCAUCAGCUCUAGUUCGUCGGCUUUAUGAAGAUAAUGUUGAAUGUCCUAUUUGUCUCUUGUAUUAUCCCAUGAGUAUCAACACCUCUCGCUGUUGUAGUAAGCCAAUCUGUACCGAAUGCUUCCUACAACUUUCCCAGCGUCAGAUAUCACCUUUGCUUCCUAUUGCAUGCCCUUUCUGUGUCCAGCCAAAGUAUGGAGUUAUUCACAGGCCUGCAAAGUGGAGCAUUCAUUAUCAAUCAUUCUUUAAAAGAAGAGCUGAUCUAAUACAAGGCUCUGAAGAGACAUGGCAUCGGUUAGGCAUGGACGAUCCUGAUGUAGUGUUUAUUGAUCAAGUUAAAUCAACGAUCGAUCAGCCUAGCGCCACCUAUUGUUCGACCAGUGGAACCACACGUCGCACAAUCGUACGACCCGAUCAACGGCCUAAUAUCAAUCUUCCUCCAGAAUCUUGCCCUGUCUUUAUUCCACCCGAUCGGGAAGAGGUCGCAGUAAUGGAAGCAUUGAGAUCUUGGCGUGCCACUUUAAACAACACAGAGUUUCGACCAUGCUCUAUAUAG